AUGGUCGAGCUCCGCAAGCGCAAGACCCCGCCGCCCGCCCCCGAAAAGGCCGCGAAGAGGAAGCCGGGCCCCAAGUCGAAGGCCGCCAAAGCCAAAGAGGCCGUCACCGAUGCCGUCAACACGGCCACAGCCAAAGCCGAGAAGACGGUGAAGAAGGUCGAGGAGAGCGCGACCAAUGGCGCCUCUUCCACUACCACCAAGCCCGCCGGCAAGCCCGAGGUGGGCGCGACGCUCGAGCUCGACGGCUUCGGCGGUGAAAUUGAGACCAACGACGGCACCAAGACGACGCUGAAGAAGCUCGUCGACGAGAGCAAGGAUGGCGUCGUCCUCUUCACCUACCCCAAGGCCUCGACUCCCGGUUGCACCAAGCAAGCCUGUCUCUUCCGGGACUCGUACACGCCUCUCACCGCCACGGGUCUCAGCAUCUUCGGCCUCUCGUCCGACUCGCCCAAAGCCAACACCACCUUCAAGACCAAGCAAAACCUGCCCUACCCCCUGCUCUGCGACCCUUCGUUCGGCCUCAUCCGCGCCAUCGGCCUCGCCAAGCCCGGCAACGCCAAGGGCACUGUGCGCGGCGUGUUCGUCGUUGACAAGAGCGGCAAGGUGCUGGCGGCUGAGGCGGGCGGUCCCGAUGCGACGGUCGAGGUGGUCAAGAAGAUCGUGGCGGGAAAGAGUGGCGGCGACGACGCCAAGGCGGACGAGAAGGAGAAGCAGGCCGAGGACAAGAAGCAGGCUGAGACGGCCGGCGAGGUGGCUGACGCGGCGGCCGAGGCGGGUGUUGAUGGGGAGGGAAAAUAG